GCGACAGAGAGCGAGAGAGCGAGGAACGGGACUGGGAGGAAAGAGAGAGAAAGAGAACGCAGGGAAGGGAAGUGAGUUUGUGCGCGCGAGUGAGUGUGCGUGUGCGUGUGUGUGUGCAGGGGCGGGCGCGGGCGGGCGGGGGGCGGGCUCCCGGGCUCCCCUCCUCCCAGCCCGCUCUUCUCGCUCCCUCGCCAACUCCGGGCCCCAGCCGCGGGCGGGCGCACGGCGGGCGGACAGCAUGCUGAGCCUCCUCGUCUGGAUCCUCACUCUCUCCGAUACUUUCUCCCAAGGGACCCAGACCCGCUUCAGCCAGGAGCCAGCCGACCAGACCGUGGUGGCCGGACAGCGGGCCGUGCUCCCCUGUGUGCUGCUCAACUACUCGGGGAUCGUGCAAUGGACCAAGGACGGGCUGGCGCUGGGCAUGGGCCAGGGCCUCAAAGCCUGGCCGCGGUACCGGGUCGUGGGCUCUGCGGAUGCCGGGCAGUACAACCUGGAGAUCACGGAUGCCGAGCUCUCUGACGACGCCUCCUACGAGUGCCAGGCCACAGAGGCUGCCCUGCGCUCCCGGCGGGCAAAACUCACCGUGCUCAUCCCUCCGGAGGACACCAAGAUUGAUGGAGGUCCUGUGAUUCUGCUGCAGGCAGGCACCCCCCACAACCUCACGUGCCGAGCCUUCAACGCCAAGCCUGCCGCCACCAUCCUCUGGUUCCGGGAUGGGACACAGCAGGAGGGCGCUGUGGCCAGCACGGAGCUGCUGAAGGAUGGGAAGCGGGAGACGACCAUCAGCCAGCUGCUCAUUAACCCCACCGACCUGGACAUCGGGCGAGUCUUCACCUGCCGCAGCGUGAACGAGGCCAUCCCGAGUGGCAAGGAGACUUCCAUCGAGCUGGACGUGCACCACCCUCCUACAGUGACCCUGUCCAUUGAGCCACAGACAGUGCAGGAGGGUGAGCGUGUCGUCUUUACGUGCCAGGCCACGGCCAACCCCGAGAUUCUGGGCUACAGGUGGGCCAAGGGGGGCUUCUUGAUUGAAGAUGCCCACGAGAGUCGCUAUGAGACAAACGUCGAUUACUCCUUUUUCACGGAGCCUGUGUCCUGUGAGGUUCACAAUAAAGUGGGGAGCACCAACGUCAGCACUCUGGUCAAUGUCCACUUUGCCCCCCGGAUCGUAGUUGACCCCAAACCCACGACCACAGACAUUGGCUCUGAUGUGACCCUCACCUGUGUCUGGGUUGGGAAUCCCCCCCUCACACUCACCUGGACCAAAAAGGACUCAAACAUGGGGCCCAGGCCUCCUGGCUCCCCACCCGAGGCUGCUCUCUCUGCCCAGGUCCUGAGUAACAGCAACCAGCUGCUGUUGAAGUCGGUGACCCAGGCAGAUGCUGGCACCUACACCUGCCGGGCCAUCGUGCCUCGGAUCGGAGUGGCUGAGCGGGAGGUGCCACUUUAUGUGAAUGGGCCCCCCAUUAUCUCCAGCGAGGCAGUGCAGUACGCUGUUAGGGGGGACGGCGGCAAGGUGGAGUGUUUCAUCGGGAGCACGCCGCCCCCGGACCGCAUUGCAUGGGCAUGGAAGGAGAACUUCCUGGAGGUGGGGACCCUGGAACGCUAUACGGUUGAGAGGACAAACUCGGGCAGCGGGGUGCUGUCCACGCUCACCAUCAACAAUGUCAUGGAGGCCGACUUUCAGACCCACUACAACUGCACUGCCUGGAACAGCUUCGGGCCGGGCACGGCCAUCAUCCAGCUGGAAGAGCGAGAGGUGCUGCCCGUGGGCAUCAUCGCCGGGGCCACCAUCGGCGCGGGCAUCCUGCUCACCUUCUUCUUCAUCGCCUUGGUGUUCUUCCUCUACCGGCGCCGCAAAGGCAGUCGCAAGGACGUGACCCUGAGGAAGCUGGACAUCAAGGUGGAGACAGUGAACCGGGAGCCACUCACAAUGCAUUCUGACCGGGACGAUGAUACUGCCAGCGUCUCCACAGCGACCCGGGUCAUGAAGGCCAUCUACUCGUCCUUUAAGGAUGAUGUGGACCUGAAGCAGGACCUGCGCUGCGACACCAUCGACACCCGGGAGGAGUAUGAGAUGAAGGACCCCACCAAUGGCUACUACAACGUGCGUGCCCACGAGGACCGCCCGUCUUCCAGGGCAGUGCUUUAUGCUGACUACCGUGCCCCUGGCCCUGCCCGCUUCGACGGCCGCCCCUCCUCCCGUCUCUCCCACUCCAGCGGCUAUGCCCAGCUCAACACCUACAGCCGGGCCCCUGCCUCCGACUAUGGCCCUGAGCCCACACCCCCUGGCCCUGCUGCGCCAGCUGGCACCGACACAACCAGCCAGCUGUCCUACGAGAACUAUGAGAAGUUCAAUUCCCACCCCUUCCCCGGGGCAGCAGGGUACCCCACCUACCGACUGGGCUACCCUCAGGCCCCGCCCUCCGGCCUGGAGCGGACCCCGUAUGAGGCGUACGACCCCAUUGGCAAGUACGCCACCGCCACUCGCUUCUCCUACACCUCCCAACACUCGGACUACGGCCAGCGGUUCCAGCAGCGCAUGCAGACUCACGUGUAGGGGCCAGAGCCCGGCUGGGGCAUCUCUGCGGGGCAGAGGAGAAGGCUCUCCCAGCUGUUCCCUGAUAUUCAGGGGCAUUGCUCGUUGCUCCCGUCCCAGACCAGCCUUCCUCCUCCCGCCGUGGCAGGUGGGGAGCAGGUCUCCCGGAAACACCCCGUCCCGAGGAUGGUGCUCUGUGCAUGCCCCACCUCCUGGGCCUGCCCUUCCCUCUUCUUCGGGAGGAUGUGUCUCUUCUGACCUGCGCUCUCGCCUGGCCCCAGCAUGGGGACAGGGAAAGGGAAGACUGCAGAGAGCAGAGUGGGCACUUUUUAGCAUUCCUUUUCUAUCCCACCCCUCUGGUCUCCCGUAAGUGGAUGGGGGGGUCACGUGGGCAUGAGCAGGCUUUGGCCUAGGGGACAUGAAGUGUGGGGGUGGGUGGCCCUGGCACAGAUAGGUGGAAACAGGAGAGCCUAGCCAGUCCCUCUGUCGUCUGCAUUCAUGCUCUGGGUGCAACUCUCCCUCCUUGGGACUGCAGAAGGGAUCUUGGAUUUAUCUUAGCUCCGUCUACAGAACAGCCCUGGCACUGAGUUCAAAUCCAGUUCAAAUCAUUCAGCUGGGGUUAAAAUGCCAAUCAUCCUGGCUGCCCGCUGUGGACACCUGUCUCUCAGCCUGCAGAGGGAUCCAGGGGUCUCCAGGUGUGCAGCCCACUUCCCUGCUCCUCGAUCCUGGGCCAGUCAGAUAAGUCAGGGGAUCGUGGUGGAGAAAGGAAAGGUCAGGCACCAUGUCCUGAUUCACCAGCAAGACAGCUGUGUGCUACAUAGCAGUUUCCAGAACCCACAUUAGAGGGAGCCCAUCCGAGCCCCCUUCUCUCCCCAAUCUGCCCCACUUCCUGGCUUUAACUCUUGAGCCUGCCUGGGGAGUGGUGGGGUGAGGGUAGGGGUGCUGUAAGCUAUUUUCAAAGACAACAAAAAACAAUGAAAACCUCAUUUGG